AUGUCCGACGAGGCUUCGGCCACCACUUCGUAUGAAAAGUUUCUCACCCCUGAGGAACCCUGCCCGCUUCUGGGGCCACCUCGCGGGGUGAGCACCUGCCUGAGCGAGGAGCCGGGCUGUCUGGACAUCAGCGACUUCGGUUGCCAGCUGUCCUCCUGCCACCGCACCGAUCCCCUCCACCGCUUCCACACCAACAGGUGGAACUUAACUUCUUGUGGAACCAGCGUUGCCAGCUCAGAAUGCAGUGAGGAGGUAUUUUCAUCUGUUUCUGUUGGAGAUCAAGAAGAUUGCUAUUCCCUGUUAGAUGAUCAAGAUUUCAGUUCUUUUGAUUUAUUUCCCGAAGGGAGUGUCUGCAGUGAUGUCUCUUCUUCUAUUAGCACUUACUGGGACUGGUCAGAUAGUGAGUUUGAAUGGCAGUUACCAGGAAGUGAUAUUGCCAGUGGGAGUGAUGUGCUUUCUGAUGUCAUACCCAGUAUUCCAAGUUCACCCUGCCUGCUUCCAAAGAAGAAAAAUAAACAUCAGAAUUUAGAUGAACUUCCUUGGAGUGCCAUGACAAAUGAUGAGCAGGUGGAAUAUAUUGAGUAUCUGAGUCGUAAAGUCAGUACUGAGAUGGGUCUUCGGGAGCAACUUGAUAUUAUUAAAAUCAUUGAUCCUUCCGCUCAAAUCUCUCCUACAGACAGUGAGUUUAUUAUUGAACUUAACUGUCUCACAGAUGAAAAACUGAAGCAGGUCAGAAACUAUAUCAAGGAGCAUAGCCCUCGCCAACGGCCUGCAAGAGAGGCCUGGAAGAGAAGCAACUUUAGUUGUGCAAGCACCAGUGGAAUGAGUGGUGCCAGUGCCAGCAGCAGCAGUGCCAGCAUGGUCAGUUCUGCAAGCAGCAGUGGGUCCAGUGUUGGAAACUCUGCUUCCAACUCCAGUGCCAACAUGAGUCGAGCACACAGUGACAGCAACCUAUCUGCAAGUGCAGCAGAACGGAUUCGGGAUUCAAAAAAGCGUUCCAAGCAGCGGAAGUUGCAGCAGAAGGCCUUACGCAAGAGGCAGCUUAAAGAGCAGAGGCAAGCUCGGAAGGAGAGGCUAAGUGGCCUCUUCCUUAAUGAAGAGGUGCUGUCCUUGAAAGUGACUGAGGAAGACCAUGAAGCAGAUGUGGAUGUUUUGAUGUAA